AUGAACAUCGUUUUGCUGUUAUUGUUCACCAGUUGUACGUUCCUUACAACUGUUAGAGCUGAAUUACCGGUACUCGUAAGCGUCGCCGGUGCUGCUGUAAAGGAUAGACAAGCAGUCCGGACUGUGUGUUCAAAUCCACCGAGAGAGGAAGACAAAGUACGUUUGGCGUUCCAAAGUGAACAUAACAACUACAGGAGGAGUCUUGCGACUGGAACCGUAGACGAUGAUGGGGGCACUCUACCCGGAUCCAGAAGCUUGUUUAUGAUGUCAUACAACUGCGAAUUGGAACUACAGGCUUUUACGGUUACCAGCGCAUGUAAAUCUCAGAGCAACACACCAGGUGCCAUACAGGGAAUAUCUAUAAACUACGGGAUAAUACGUGAUAACAUUGCUGCUCCCUCCGAUGACAAAGCUGUACAAGACAUACAUACAUUGAUGACUAAGUGGACGGAAACAAGAUAUGAAUAUAAUUUCAACAAAACCACAGUUAUCUACGGAAACAAAGAUACUGCGCCGUUUGCAAGAAUUGUUUACAACAAAUCGAUUUCGCUGGGAUGUACAAUAACUCAAUGUGCACCGAGAAAAACAGCAUAUGCUUGCGCAUACAGUGACAGUCCAGUCAUUGGAGAGCCACUCUACUGGCCGUCAAAAAAACCUAUGGGCUGCACGAGUAACUCUCAGUGUAGAAAGGCCAUACCUGGUUCAACCACCACGUGCGGAACUAGUCUAAACCUCUGCUCUACGAAUUUGUUGGCAUUAAGUGCUGGAUCAACCACUGCUGGUAGCAGCAAUGCCACCAGAACCAGCACAACCACCUCAACCACAACUGGGACCUCUACGACCACUGCGGUUGCUCCAGGUGAGAACAUGAUGUGCCCAGGGAAUAACGUGAUAACCGACUCUAUAAGGAAUAUAUUCCUAGGACAAUUCAAUCAGAUAAGAUCACAAGUUGCUCGAGGCGUUUUCUUUACGACUUCAAGCGGAUAUGCUCGGCAGGCAUCAAAAAUGAUAAAACUUACAUAUAACUGCGCAGCAGAAACCAGUGCCAACAACUGGGCUGUACAGUGCCAGAACAGGGACUCGGGGACAACUAUUUAUGCUGAAACCAGAUACAUCUUUCAGGGCACUACUGCUGCAAAAGACACUAUCGCAAGAACGGCUAUUAACUCCUGGAGGGAUGAAGUAAAUACUGGCAGUCUGCCUCCGGCCGGCACGAAACCGCAGAAUAUUUACCAAACAAAUCUUGGAAUAAAAAACUUUGCGAAGAUGGUUUGGGACACUGAGACUGGAGUUGGCUGCUCGAUAAAUAGAUGUUCCUCAUUUACGAACGUGGUUUGCCACUUUACUCCAAGAGGAGAUGUUGCUGGUACUCCAAUCUACAAGACAGCAGUGUGUUUGCCGUCUGAUAUGAAUCUGGUAUUGAGUAGUGGAAUUGGUGGAACCGAAACUGAGCUGAGAGUGAAGGUGAAAGACUUCCACCUAACAGAACUUGGAAAAAAGCAAUCGCAUCCUGGUCCUCCGCAGGAUUCUACACAAGCUGUAUUGCCUGGAUAUUGGUUUCUUUCUGCAAGUUCGGGUAUGAUGCUUGAUGAGUUUAUUGACGCGCAUUUGUCACCUGUACAUGAGCCACUAUGGGGACAGCGCUUGCUAUCCGCUACUUUGUGGACAGUGUCUCUAGCGAACAUGUCUGUCUCUGGUUCGCAAUUGAGGAGAAGCGAUUUCCAUUGA